AUGGGUCGAUCAGCGAUUCGCAAUAUCUGCAAAGUCUCACUCGAUGAGCCUGCAGAAAGUCAGCCAAAACUUCACAACAGAUGGCACCCGGACAUUCCAUUCGCAGACACCAUUAAGAACGGCGAAACUGUCAAGAUAGAAUGUGUUGAUUGGACUGGAGGUCAAAUCAAAAACGAUGACAGUGCGGAUGAUGUGAAAAAUGUCGAUUUGACAAAGAUCCACUACUUAUCUGGACCAUUCGAAAUCGAGACAGCCGAGCCAGGAGAUGUGUUAAUUGUUGAGAUUAUGGAUGUGCAGCCGCAUCAGGAGCAUCCGUGGGGUUUUACAGGUGUCUUCGCUAAAGAAAAUGGAGGUGGUUUUCUGGAUGAAAUUUACCCAACGGCAGCUAAAGCUAUCUGGGAUUUUGAGGGGAUUUACUGUACUUCACGACAUAUCCCACAUGUCAAAUUUCCUGGUUUGAUACACCCGGGAAUUCUCGGCUGCGCACCAUCCACUGAGAUUCUGGCCACUUGGAACAAACGUGAGGGGGAACUGAUUGCUGCGAACAAGCUGGACAGAAUUGUUGCCCAACCACCAAAUCCUCUAAAUGUACAUGCAGGUUCGGCUUCCGAGGACAUCAAAGCAAAGGUUGGUCGCGAAGGUGCAAGGACAAUCCCAGGUCGGCCUGAACAUGGUGGAAACUGCGACAUCAAGAAUCUUAGCAGAGGAAGCAAAGUGUACCUCCCAGUACACGUUAAAGGGGCCAAAUUUUCUGUUGGAGAUCUCCAUUUCUCCCAGGGUGACGGUGAAAUCUCGUUCUGCGGUGCCAUCGAGAUGUCCGGUGUCAUUACCAUCAACUUCAAAGUAAUGAAAAAUGGUAUCGCUGAUCUUGGCAUGAAGUCACCUCUUUAUAUACCUGGUCCAGUCGAACCACAUUAUGGACCAGGAAGAUAUCUUACCUUUGAAGGAUUUAGUGUGGACCAUCAUGGCAAACAGCAUUACAUGGACGUCACUGUGGCCUAUCGUGAGACCACAUUGCGUUGCAUUGAGUACCUUCACCGUUUCGGAUACUCUGACUACCAGAUAUAUCUUCUCUUAUCUUGUGCUCCAGUUCAAGGUCACAUUGCUGGAAUAGUGGACAUCCCAAAUGCAUGCACGACUCUUGGCCUGCCAAUGGAUAUCUUUGACUUUGAUAUUUCUCCUUCGGGUCCUGCAAAGAAAAUGGAUAUGGGUAGCUGUGCCUUUGAGACCGGUGUCACCAAGGGCAAGGUUACGCAGGGUGGCGAGAACAGCGAACACAGCUGGGGCGGAGGUCUAACAUUCAAGGAAUAG